AUGUCGAUUCCAAUUAACAUCCCUACCCAAGCUGUCUGUCGCCCGCGCUCACCAUGGGAUUCCUCUCCAUUCCCAGAAGACGAAGGCCCAUACAUGGGAUAUACUGAAACAUUCGAAAAUGGCCAUGUUUACCGUGCAGUAUCAUCUGGCUCUGGCAGAUUUGUUGCGGUCGGGUCACAGGACACAUUGCCCUUUCUGUCCUUCUCUGUCGAAAAAGAAAGGGCAAGUAAUAUGAUCACCAUCAAGUUCAGAAGCAGAGACCUCAAGCAAGUCAUCUGCCAAGUUCUCGGGUAUAAGAUCGUUCCGCCCUUACAACUUACUCUCUGCAUUGGCCAAGUCCUCCAACAUUACGAUGGCCUGCGAGCCGAGUUAGACUCCUUAGCAUAUUGCAAUUCAUACGGCGAUACAUCUAAGGAGAUGCGCUUGCUUGUUGACGACCUCUUGCUCGAGCGAUCUCUUUACGAUGGGUUCAACAUGGGUCGACUACGCCAGCAAGGCAUCAUUACUCCUGCCCUUCUCCGAGAUAUCCACCAGAGAAACAUGGACCUCGGAGUGAACGACCUUGAGGAAUGUUUUCAACUCGGAGGGGCCAGCGAGGAGGAAGCAAAACAGUAUCUCGAGGCCCAGAAUGCCCAAAUCGACAAAUAUGCACGGACUGGCGACCUGGACCUUCUUAGUGGUUUCUGCGAACCUCUUUUGCGAUCGAACGAUAUUCGGGUCAUCUACAACUCUGAUCUUCUUUCUCAAAUCCUCGACAAAGGGUUCUUGGAUGUCUAUGUCUACAUCUUAGACCUUGUCGAGCGGACACGGUCAACGGAAGGGGAUGUUGCGGACUCUCAUCACUCUGAUAUAACGUACCACCCACUCUGCGUUGCUAUCCGUCUCGGCCGCUGUGCUGCUGUUCGUGCCUUGGUUCAAAAUAAACUCGACUUUUUCGAAGGGUACAUUGAAGAUGCUUCAGGCUACAAGGGUUGCGUCUUCACGCCACUCCUGGCCGCAGUUCUAUGGCAACAAGUUGGUAUAAUCCGUCUGUUAUUAGACGAGAGCUCUCUGUACCAUGCCGAGUUACCCAAAGCCAACGAGCUUGCAGCCGAAACAGGAUUCACGAAUCUAUUUGAAGAGAUCUUGGAAGCUUUGACAAAACCGAAAACGUCAGCUCGUGAGGCUAUGGGCUCCAGAUACCCAGUACUCAAGGCUUCUCGGUUUUUACCUACAGGUCGAUUCUCACCCUACCAAUCACCAAUCUUCCCAUCACCGGGCGGUAGCAGCUAUAAAUCGGGUAUUGGUAGUGCUUUGUCUAGCUCAUGGCAAGACCAAAGGACGCAGAUCACUACUAAACAUUUCGUGUCUAAUCUAACCAGCCCCGAGCUCCCCUCACCGGCAGUCACCUCCCCAAGAGUACCCGAAUUUUGCAUUUCACCCCAAGAUCUCUCAAUUUCUCAAGUAUUAUCACCUGCCUUGUCGCCCCAAUUCGAUCCCCCGCUUGUACCGUGGUCCUCUCAAAACUUCUAUGAGGCUGUCCAGGAAUGGCCUGCAAGACCAAUGCUCCUCGAUUACACCUGCAGCUACAAGCGCAGAAGACAUCUAGGGCAUUCCUCCAUGCUCCGUUUACAGCAAAGCUGCAGAAGAAUUGAAGGGUUUUGCGAGCAACGUGGUGAUAUGGAAGGCUACGAUAACAUUCAAGAUAAUUGCACAAACCCCACGAGUGUUUCCAAAUUGGGGCUCAAUCAUUUAAGGAACAUCUUGAGAAAUCAGGCACCGCCUGGACUCUCAUCCAUUCUCCAAGCCCUUCUAGUCGCGGACGCGUUGAUCUGCCAGCUUCCAGAUAGUGGAGAGCGAGACAUCGAAUUCACUCAGGAUUUAUAUCGGUGGAAGGCUGUGGCCCUCGAACGAGACUCAGACAUGGACAUGUUUGACGAGCUUGUCUGUGUCAUAUGGGAGACCGAUUACCUGCCUCAGAAUAUACUACCAGGGUCUCAGGAGGACCUCCUGCGAUUCGGUGAAUUGGCAAAUGAUCUUGUUUCAGUCACCCAUAUUAAGCCUCCUGACCCAAAGCCCAUCGGUACUCGGAUACGAGCUAUACAGCGAAAAAUGCAGGGUUGCCACAAAGGUACUCAAAAUGUCGGGAUAACAGCACUACCAGCCUCAGAAUUUGCAACUGAAAGGGGAGGCAGCGAGCCAGAUAUACAAAUUAUCGACCCCAAGGUGGUCGUUCUACUACAAUCUGUGGCACUCAAUGUUCUGUUUGCGACUUCGUCAGCGAUCCAAGAUGUCGAGGACAGCAGCUCAUUGCGACACUUGUUUGGGGCACCUGCAAGCAUCAAUCGGUCAACGGCGAUAGUUGAAGAUUACAUUAGCUUUGACGGAAGAAAUUCUGCUUCUUAUGAUUCUGGUAUUGGGAUGGGAAAUUCCCUCGAAAACCCAAUGAGUCCAUGGACGUUGGCCACGAAAGCUACUCAUGCAUCUCGCGAGCCUCCCAACCAGCCUUUGGAAGCUCCGGGUGCAGUACAUUUGGAUUCAAUCUUUUUGAACUUCGAGCACAACAACCUGGUGCUGCCUGAGCAGCAGGAAGCAGGCCUGCUUUUCGAUGUCAUUUCGACGCCUCCAGGGCAGGACAUAGAGGCCAUGCCGUUUCUCGAGACACAACUGACAGAAACGUCGGGCCAAAGACCCCAAUCUAAGGACGUUCCGGUGACGCCGAGCCAAACAGACCGGGCAGGUGAACCAUCAACCCCCCAACAAGAAUGUUCAACUAAAAUGGCCAACAUGAGCUGCGAAUGCGGUAAGGUCUUCUCUAGUAAGUCGAACCUCGGUAAGCACCAGCGCACUGCGUGUCCGAAAAGAGUUAUUGUAAGGUUGCCCUGCCGGUUUUCUCGCUUGGGAUGCCAGAAGAAGUCUACUACGAAGUGGAAUCAGGAAGUCCACGAGAAGCGUUGGUGCAGUUUUAAUCCCAAUCGGGAGCGAAAAAACUGA